UUAAAAUAAAAGAUUUUGAAAGAACAUAUUUCUUUUACCCUGUCAUCUCAAGUGGACAUAAUAAAAACGUAAAAAUAUUAAAGUAAUAAUUCGCCAUGCCCUGCGGGAAGCGACCCCUUGUCAAAACCUGGGACAAGCCUAGGCGCAUAAGGGUUAUUACACCAUCUCGAUAUGAGCAAACUUUGGAUUGCGUUAAAGUACAUUGGCAAAAUGUUAUCAAGGAGUUGGAAAUGUCCUACAAAGAUGAACAGUUCUGGGAUACAAAUUGUGACACAGUACGCAACUUGGUGGGCCCCGUGAUCUUCCAGCGGAUUGCCAAGAUAUUCGAUCUGCCGCAGGAAGAGAAGUAUGUGCCACCAGAAGAUGUUCCACUGGAAGUCAAGUCCGAAGACUUGUUUGUUUCAAAAGUUAGUAACGUGAAUAUCUUAAACUUCCAUUUCCAGUCUGCGCUCAUAUUUUUUUUAUCAUAUCAUGGUUUGCUCUCAGGCAUCAAAGGUUUAUUUUCUGCUAUGGGCUCCGAAGGAGAACCUUCAAUGGAGGAAGAAAUACAGCCUGAAGAGGAAUCCGAGUGGACCGUCAGUACAGAGCACAGCCACGUCAGUGAAGAAAAAAGAAUGAAAUCCCUUACAUCGACCAGAUCACUAACAGUAUCGAAAUCGGUAUCCAAAAUGUUGUCCAAAUCUUUCUCGAGAUUCUUAUCAAAGAUAAUGCAGUCAGCAAAAUCUGCCCCGGAAAAAUUGGCUGCUCAAAAAUCUUCAAUAACGAUCCCAGAUUCCUUAGCCAACACCAGUGAUGACAUGAAUGUGCGUCCUGGAACCGCUAUGGACGUCUUAUAUCGGCGCCCGCGAGUGGGAGGAAAUCCAUUUUUUGACAUGUUGUACUGCAACGAAUCUGAAACAGACAUGAUCAAAUGGAAGUCGAAAUACAAACAAAAGACUUUCGAAGUGUCUGCUUCCGAUGAAUUUAGUAAGAGGGCGGAAAUUUUGACUAAACAAAUAUCCAAUGACUUCUUUGAGUGGUGGGUUGGCUUGGGUAAUGUUGAAUUCAAGAGUGAAAUCAAGCGACCCGAGGAUAUCGAAGCUCUUUUCCAGGUGUGGUUCGACGAGCAUUCUUCCCGCGGUAUUGUGCUGGACCCGAAGAUAAUACCUUGCGUAUUAAGAAGCAUCGCUACAAGUACCGGCGUACAAAAGGCGUCAUGUCUACGGGCGUUAAGACGACAAAUAGCGUACGACAUUGAAGCGGAGACCAACCCAGCACACACGAUGGCAUUCGGGAAGAGUCUGCCGAACAAACUGAAGCAUGUUCCUCCUCAGAACAACACCAGCAAGCAGUGGCGUGGUGUCUUGAUCCCUGAGGAUCUGCGCAGCAUGGCGUGCGUCUGGGAGGAUAUACAGCAUCUCACGUCAACAAAAGCUUUCCAGCAAUGGUUAGUGAAGCACCCAAACCUGCCAAUGCCUCCUUUCUUGAAGUACCUCCACGCUCCUGGAGACAAGAAGACACCGUUUAUAGUUCCCUCAGACUAUGUGCUCAAAGACAAGGGUGUGACGCCAUCAGCUCAGGAACUCGCUCUACCAGUCUCACAGUUCUCCUUGGAGCUGAAAGAAGUGCUCAGCAAACUUAUGAACCAAUGAGCACGAAGGUUUGGAAAUACUUAUUACUGAUUUAUUAUUUUCUAAUUGUGUAAUUUGUUAACUUAUUUACUGGUUCUGAAUUAAAUAGCUUUAUUGUGUCA